CCAAGUGGAAGGGUUGAACAUUUCGAUCGGAAGUAUUAAAUAUGGUGGAAAAAUGGAAAGCUGGUGGAAGGACAGCCAAAGGGUUGAAUAGAUGAUAGAGGAGGAGUCAAAACCAACCAUCCCUCUUUCUCUCUCUAUCUUCUGUUGUCUGCUCUGUGCUUCCCAGAUUGAGAUGAAGUAAGAUGGAUGGUGGAGUUUUGUGGAUGUCAAUUGGUAAAAGUGUCUGAGCCUGGCUAAAAGUCCUAAGCGUUGCUUCAAGGAUAACAGUGUCUCCUUCACCAAUCUCUUGAUGUUUUCUGUUCUUCUUCUGCUGGAUGUCUACUACUAUUGCUUUUAUGGCAGGAUUCUUGCUUUGACAAGCUCUGGCUCUAGCCAUCAGCUGUUAUGAGGAGGGGAGGAGACGAGUUUGUCUGUGUUUUGAUGCAAAGAUUAGUGCUUUUGUGCUUCUUCAUCUUAUUCCGAGCUGAGCUCACCAAUUCCCAGAACCAGAGCUGCAACUCCGGCGACCUGAAUGCCCUGCGGGGCUUCUACAGGGGUCUGAAAUCAGAGGCGAUAGGUUGGAGCAUCGAUGCCUCUUCUUCCGAUUGCUGCAGCUGGGACGGCGUUUCUUGCGGGGAUUUCUUCGACUCGGGACGGAGGGUGAUUGGGUUGGAUCUCCAGAACAAGAGCCUGAAGGGAUCCCUGUCUGAUUCCUUGGCAGAGUUGGAUCACCUCUCAUGGCUUAACCUCUCUUCUAAUGUUCUUCAUGGCACUGUUCCAUCAGGGCUGUUUAACCUCAGCCGAUUGAAGCGCCUUGAUCUCAGCGUGAACAAGAUUUCCGGAUCGAUUCCGGCGGACUUGCACCUUCCCUCGAUCGAGUUCUUCAACGUCUCUUACAAUGCUUUCGGUGGCGCUCAUCCGAAUCUUGCUGGGUUGACGAAGAUGGUGGUGUUCGAUAUCAGCUUCAAUGAGUUCUCUGGCACCAUUGACACUACCAUCUGCAAUUCUUCAGCUGGAAUCCAAGUCCUUCGGUUCUCCAUGAACUUUUUCUCUGGUGAAUUUCCUCUCGGCUUCGGUAACUGUGCUUCCCUUGAAGAGCUCUCCAUUGAUAUCAAUGCUGUGUCUGGGACUUUGCCGGAAGAUUUGUUCAAGCUGCCAUUUUUGAGGAGGUUACACUUACAGGAGAACCAGCUCUCUGGUUCACUGAGCUCAAGAAUAGGUAAUCUCUCUAACCUUGAGCUACUGGACCUCUCGUUCAAUUGGUUCUCAGGAAGGAUCCCCAACAUCUUCAGUAGAUUGAGAAAGCUCGAGUAUUUCUCUCUUCAGUCAAACAGUUUCAGUGGUCAUCUUCCUUACUCCCUGUCGAACUUGUCGCCACUUAGAACGCUCAACCUGAAGAACAAUUCGCUGAUCGGUGAGAUCACUCUGAAUUGCACGGCCAUGAAUCAUCUCGGCUCACUCGAUCUCGGCUCGAAUCUGUUCGCCGGCUCUGUUCCUUCUGAUCUUUCUGAUUGUGUGGAGCUGAAGACUUUGAAUCUCGCCAGGAACAAUCUCGUCGGCGAAAUUCCAGUCAGCUUCAAGAAGCUCACUUCGCUAUCCUACCUCUCACUCUCCAACAACAGCUUGUCCAACAUAUCUUCUGCAUUGACGAUCCUGCAGGAAAUCCAAAGCCUCACCGGUUUGGUACUCACCAGGAACUUCCAGGACAGCGAGAGGAUUCCCACGGAUGGGAUUCGGGGGUUUCCCAACAUCCAGCUUCUUGCUAUCGCAAACUGCGGCCUUUCCGGAUCGAUACCACCAUGGUUGUCUGGUUUCACCAAGCUCAAUGUGCUGGACUUGUCAUGGAAUCAUUUGGAAGGGAUCAUUCCUGAAUGGAUAGGACAUCUUGAUCAUCUUUUCUAUCUGGACCUGUCGAACAAUUCGCUGGGUGGAGAGAUUCCCGAUAGCUUGGCGCAGAUGAAGGGCCUGAUCUCUGGCAGCGCCUCGCAGCCUGGACCUCCAACAGAGGACUUCCCUUUCUUCGUCAGAAAGAACAUUAGCGGGAAGGGUUUGCAGUACAAUCAAGUCAGCAGCUUCCCACCAUCUUUGAUCCUGUGCCAGAACAGGCUUGUUGGGCCAAUCUUGCCCGGGUUCGGGAACCUCAAAAGGUUACUUGCUUUGGAUCUCAGCAGGAACAGGCUAUCAGGGACGAUUCCGGAGGAGUUGUCGGGGAUGGCGAGCUUGGAGACUCUGGAUUUGUCGCGCAAUGAUCUCACCGGAAGCAUUCCUUCCUCGCUCAACAAGCUCAACUUUCUGUCAAGUUUCAGGGUGGCCUACAAUAAUUUGUCCGGCCCGAUCCCUGUCGGAGGGCAGUUCUCGACCUUCUCGAGCUCUGAUUUCGAGGGGAAUCCCGGUCUCUGUGGCUUUCACUUGAAUCCAUGUGAUGCGGGAGGACAUGGAGUUUCUGCACGGAGUGUUAGCCGAAGGCGAAGGAACAGAGGUGUGAUCAUAGGACUGGCCUCCGGCAUUGGACUCGGCACAUCGUUCCUUGUCGCUUUCGCUUACUUUCUCGUGUCGAGGACUCGCCAUGGUCGACAGGAAGACAGCUUGAGGGUGGCGGCGGAUUCGAACGGGGAUCCGGAAGCGGCGGGGUCGAGAUUGGUGCUUCUGUUUCGGAACAUGAACAGCAGUGAGCUAACCAUCGGCGACAUCUUGAAAUCCACCAACCACUUCGACCAAUCAAAUAUCAUCGGGUGUGGAGGCUUCGGCCUGGUGUACAAGGCAACUCUACCAGAUGAGAGAAAGGUGGCGAUCAAGCGGCUUUCCGGCGACUACUUCCAGAUGGAGAGGGAGUUCCAGGCCGAGAUAGAAACGCUCUCUCGAGCUCAGCACAGAAACCUUGUGCUGCUUCAAGGAUACUGCAAGAUCGGCAGCGACAGGCUUCUGAUCUACUCCUACAUGCAAAAUGGGAGCUUGGAUUUCUGGCUGCAUGAGAAACCCGACGGGGGAUCGAUACUGGACUGGGAGAAGAGGCUUCGGAUAGCUCAAGGAGCAGCAAGGGGAUUGGCAUACCUGCACCAAUCAUGCGACCCGCACAUACUCCACCGCGACAUCAAGUCCAGCAACAUCCUGCUCGACGACAACUUCGAAGCUCAUCUGGCUGAUUUCGGGCUUGCGAGGCUCAUCUUGCCCUCCGACACCCAUGUCACGACCGACUUGGUUGGGACACUAGGCUACAUUCCUCCCGAGUACGGCCAGUCCUCGGUUGCUACUUUCAAGGGCGAUGUCUACAGCUUUGGGGUUGUUCUGCUGGAGCUGCUCACCGGGAAGAGGCCAGUGGAUAUGUGCAAACCAAAGGGAGAGAGGGAGCUGAUCUCGUGGGUGCUUCAGAUGAAGAAGGAGAAGAGGGAGGCCGAGGUGUUUGACCCACACGUAUUCGAUAGAAUGCUUAGCCUGCAGCUGAUGAAGGUGCUUCAGAUUGCUGGUCUUUGCCUGAGCGACUCUCCUAGGUCCAGACCGCCGUCGAAACAGCUAGUUUCAUGGCUCGAUAACAUCGGCACAGAUUGACACCAUUUGCCAAAACGAAGGCAAGUCACUCAUCUCUCUUUUUGAGAUCAGGAGGAUUGGCUUCAGACUCGAAAGCUGUGCUAAUCUGAAGAAGGAAGCUUUCCCUGCAUACAAUGAUCAGGUAGGAGGUACGUAUAGCUUUUCUCUUCCUAGUUACACUUACAGGUGCUCGAAUCGAGACUCGAUUAUAGCUGCUGCAACUUCAGAGACGAGCUAUGCACAUCUCUCCAUUUUUGUUUAUAGAAAUAAAAGGAUCAUUAAAUGUCGGGGCAAAAUGCCAAAUAUUCCUUCUCUUUUA